AUGGAACAGCUAGAACAGAAUCAAGCCGCCCUUCGCGAAGAAGUAACUCAGUUGAAAGGUACUAUAGAUGAAAUUAAGGGGGGGAUGGCUCAGAUGUUGAGUUUCAUGAAGGACAUCAGGGAUGAACAGGAAAGGGCUAGGGAAGCUCGGAGUCAGUAUGAGGAAAUGCCAAACGACGGCAACCAGCUGUUAGGAUUUGUUCGAGGCUUUGACCCUCAUAAGUCAAACGCCCACUCAUCAAAGAGAGUUGCCAAAACCCAUGAAGAGGGAGAAGCUUCCCAUGAAGGAUUCAUUCCUACCACUCAGAAGGAGGGGGCGCCUCGCAUUGUCCGCAUUCCUGCUAACAAUCCGCCUAAGGAUGAGGAUUAUGUGGAUUUACAAUAUGGUGAGGUGGAUGAGACAAAUCAGGAACCCCAACAUAAGCAAACCCAAGCUGAUUCUGAGGAAAGUGCUAGAAAACUUAGACCUAUGCCACCUCCGAUUCCUGGAAAAGCUACGCCCAACUUCAGACCCAAUGAAAGGUGUGAAUUUCACGCCAAUUCUCCUGGACACACGUUAGAAAAAUGCUGGGCUUUCAGGCACAAGGUUCAAGACCUGAUCGAGUCUAGGGAAAUUGCUUUCGACAAACCUAAUGUGAAGACAAAUCCCAUGCCUCGUCACGAUGGCACGGUCAAUACAAUCGAGGUCAUCACUGAGCAAGAGUUAGUUCAACAACGGAGUUCCCCUAUAGAUGCCCUUAAGAGGUAUCUACUCGCAAGGGGGUUCAUCCUAGAACAUAACGAGGCUUUUAAGGACACCCUGCAGAGACUCAUGGACCAAGGAAUAAUUCAGUUGAAAGAACACCCCGAGGAGAAGUAUGUGGCCUUGCUGGAAAGGAACGAGCCAUUAAUAAUACCUAGUGCAGGGGCAAGGAAGACAUUAAUCAUCCCCUGCGCCAAACCACCAUUGCUGAUACCCACACAAGUACACACUAGGAUCAUCCCAGUCAAAGACCCAUAUCCGGUGGACAAAAUGAAAGCGGUCCCUUGGGAAUAUGAUUCUAGUAGUAAUACAGAAGUAACAAGCAUUGUGGGGCCUGGAGGUAUGACUCGUAGUGGUCGCAUAUUCAAUGCUGCGAAACCGAAUGAGAACUUAGCACAAGAAAGUAAUCAAGCUACUGUGGUUCCAACUGAAGAAGGCACAGCCAAGGAUAAAGAGGUCGCUAACAAAGACGCUGAAGAAUUCUUGGCAUUAAUCAAGAAAAGUGAUUAUAGAGUGGUGGACCAGUUACACCAAACCCCGUCCAAAAUAUCACUCCUCUCGCUGCUAGUACAUUCUGAAAAACACCGAGAUGCCUUGAUGAAAAUCCUGAAUACCGCCCACGUAACUAAAGACAUCACUGUAAAUCAAUUUGAUGGAAUGGUGGCUAAUCUCACCGCUGGGGCAUGUUAA